UUCCCUUCUCCCAAAAGAAAUUCAUGCAACUUGGUCACUUGGCUUAGAUUGACUGAUUCAGUUGUGAUUAUGGGUUAUUUUGCUUGUGCUUGUGAUUGAUGGAUUGAUUGCUUUAGAUAAGCAUUGUUUGUAGUUUUCUUAGUGAGGUAGACUCUGGUGGGCCGCUUCCAGAAUCACAGAGGGAGAAAUAACCUCCACUGGGACCUCCUAUACACUCAUCUCCACUGCUACCCAUUCCAGACUUAGGCAUGACUCAGAAUUGGAGGAGAACUGAGAAAAAGGGCAGAAAAGUUGUAUGUCUUCUAUUUAAUUUGUUUGUUUGUUUAUGAUGUUUAGUGUUUAUCAUCUGUCUCCAGAAUUUAAUCUCCUCCGGUCCAGAGAUCCUUUUUGUUCAUUAACGUAUGUCAACCACCUAGAAAUGUGCCUGGCACACAGAGGCUCUCAGUAAAUAUUUACAGAAUGAUUGGAUUUAUCUCAAGUGUUUCUUCGUCUUUGUCUUGAUCCCCGCGAGAAAAUGAAAAAAGGCGUGCGCUUAGUGACCGAGGUGGGGUGAGGGCUCGUCUGCAGAAUCGUAGCCGAGACCCUGGACAGAUCCCGCCCACUCGCCAAUCGGAGGCUCUGGAGCUACUAGACACUGGCGUCCCGAAAUCCCACCCUCUGGGCGGGCUCUGGGCUGAGUGUGCCGUACGUGAUUGGCCGGCGGAGAUGAUGGGCAUGAGAGACAGCGAAGGAGGAGCCGCGUUCUAAGCUACUGGGCGCGGCGGAUACGCAACCGGGGGAACCGUUGGCCUGGUGGUCUCCGGGGUAGUCCACCGGAGAGGAGGACGAGGAGAGUGAGCCUGGGGCAGGGCCUCGGGGCGUGCUCAUCAGUUCGAUUAGCCCUAAAAUAUUAAUAGGAGGGCAUUCUGGUGGGAGCGCGGAAGCCAGGUCUGAGCGUGAGUAUGGCAGAAGGGGACACCCUGAUGUCAGUGGAUUAUGAAGUUUUUGGGAAAGUGCAAGGUGUGUUUUUCCGCAAGUACACUCAGGCUGAGGGUAAAAAGCUCGGAUUAGUAGGCUGGGUCCAGAACACUGACCAGGGCACAGUGCAAGGACAAUUGCAAGGUCCCACCUCCAAAGUUCGUCAUAUGCAGGAAUGGCUUGAGACAAGAGGAAGUCCCAAAUCGCACAUUGACAGAGCAAGCUUCAACAAUGAGAAAGUCAUCUUAAAGUUGGAUUACUCAGAUUUCCAAAUUGUGAAAUAAUGGUCUGAAUUUAAAUUUUCCAAGAUACUCAGUGGUUUUGUUUUUUUAUUUUUAAUAGGGAUAGAAUUAUUCUGUGUUCAAUAUUAGAAUUUGUAAGUAAGUUAUUUUAGUAUCAGAUAUUUGAUAGUUACUGUAUAUUAUGUAUAUGAUGGAAGGAUUACAACUGUACACAAUUCUAAUCAAUAAAAACACAGAACCUUC